AUGUCAGUCUCUGGUUCAAGCUACCUUUCCUCAUCCCAAAGGUCAAGCUAUUCCCUUAGCCAGGGAGGCGGUUCCCGUAUAAGUGCAGGGGGAGCUGGCUUUAGCGGUGGGAGUCUCGGCCUUGGAAUUGGAGGUGGUGGUUUUGGAGGUGCAUUAGGAGGUGGUCUUGGCUUGGGUGGUGGAUCUGGAGUAGGAUUUGGAGGUGGUUUAGGUGGAGGACUAGGAGGUGGUUUAGGUGGAGGACUAGCCGGUGGUUUAGGUGGAGGACUAGGAGGUGGUUUAGGUGGAGGGCUAGGAGGUGGUUUCGGUGGAGGACUAGGAGGUGGUUUAGGUGGAGGACUAGGAGGUGGUUUAGGUGGAGGAUUUGGAGGUUUGGGAGGCAGUGCAGCAUUCAGUUUGGGGCGCUCAUUGACUUCCGGUGGCCUGAGUUCAACUUUGAAUGUAGGUGGACCACGAGCAGUAGUACCACAGCUACUUUCUAGAGCCACAGAAAAACAGACAUUAGCAGGAUUAAAUGAACGCUUCUAUGCUUAUGUAGAAAAAGUUAAGCAACUGCAAUUUGAAAAUCAGACUUUGCAGACACAGCUGAACUUACUGACAGGAGGCACAACAUCAUCUGGCCCAGAUUCCUCUACCCCAGUUAACUAUGAGCUUCAGCUUACAGAUCUUAGAAACACAGUGGAAACUCUAACUCUGGAAAAUGUCCGACAUGAAAUUGAACUUGACAAUGUCAGAGGUGCUGCAGAAGAACUCAAGACCAAAUAUGAAUUAGAAUUAGGAGUUAAAUAUCAACUGGAAACUGACAUUGCCGCAAUGAAACGGGAUAUUGAUGCUGCCACUGAACUGCGCUCUAUACUGGAACAAAGAUUCUCAGCAGCACUUGAUGAUCUAGACUUUUUGAAGAAGACACACGAAGAGGAACUGACCGUAUUACAGGGUAAACUUGGAACAUCAGCAGACACAUCUGUAUCCCUCAUUGAAGUUGAUGCUGUCAAGUCAUUCGAUCUCACAAGUGCUUUGAAUAAAAUGAGAGCAGAAUAUGAAAAAUCCGUCCAGCAACACAAAGAAGAUGCAGAGUCAUACUUUAGAGUCAAGAUUGAAGAAAUAAACAGUGAAACAGCCAAGACCUCAGAAGUGGUAGCCACAGUAAAAACAGAAAUUACAAGCACAAAGAAAGAAUUACAGACAUUAAAUGCAGAAUUACAGUCCCUCUUGGCAGUGAAUUACACACUUGAAAGCAAUCUGGCAGAAGUAGUUGCAAGAUCCAGUGUGGGGGUGGCUGAGUAUCAGGCACAGAUAACCAGCUACGAAUCAGCAAUUGAAUCAGCAAAGGUUGAACUACACAAGAUCAUUGUUAACUACCAAGAAUUGCUGGAUAUUAAACAAGCACUAGAUGUAGAAAUCUCCACCUAUAAGAAACUGCUGGAGGGCGAAGACAUCAAAUUUCCUGAAUUAGAAGUCUUAACAGGAGGAACUUACACUUACUCAUCUGAUGCUGGCUUUCAGAGGAAAGAGCUGUCUAAUGCGGACUUACUCUAAAAUCAAGAGGUUCAGGAAAAGCAAGAUAUUGACUUCCUAAUGGUGCUUGCUGAUAAACUUCUUUCGUGCUUGAGAAACUUUAUGGUAACCUAACUGCAAUUUCUUAUUUUUUUUUAAUGAUUUCUACUUAAUCUGAGA